UGCUAGCAGCCCCGCGGCUCCCUCGGACCCGCGGGUGCAGCCACCGGGGGUGAGGCGCCUGGGGACCGCGAGCCGAGCGGCGGGGCCCCCCGAGCACCAUGCUGGACCCGUCCUCCAGCGAAGAGGAGUCGGACGAGGGGCUGGAAGAGGAGAGCCGCGAUGUGCUGGUGGCGGCCGGCGGCUCGCAGCGAGCUCCGCCGGCCCCGGCUCGAGAAGGGCGGCGGGACGCGCUGGGGCGCACAGGCGGCAGCGGCGCGGCCAGACCCGUGAGCCCGAGCCCCUCGGUGCUCAGCGAGGGGCGAGACGAGCCCGAACGGCAGCUGGACGACGAGCAGGAGCGGAGGAUCCGCUUGCAGCUCUAUGUCUUCGUCGUGAGGUGCAUCGCGUACCCCUUCAACGCCAAGCAGCCCACCGACAUGGCCCGGAGGCAGCAGAAGCUUAACAAACAACAAUUGCAGUUACUGAAAGAACGUUUCCAGGCCUUCCUCAAUGGGGAAACCCAAAUUGUAGCCGAUGAAGCAUUUUGCAAUGCCGUUCGGAGUUACUAUGAGGUUUUUCUAAAGAGUGACCGUGUGGCCAGAAUGGUUCAGAGUGGAGGGUGUUCUGCUAAUGACUUCAGAGAAGUGUUUAAAAAGAACAUAGAAAAGCGUGUGAGGAGUUUGCCAGAAAUAGACGGCUUGAGCAAAGAGACAGUAUUGAGCUCAUGGAUAGCCAAAUAUGAUGCCAUUUACAGGGGUGAAGAGGACUUGUGCAAACAGCCAAAUAGAAUGGCCCUAAGUGCUGUGUCUGAACUUAUCCUGAGCAAGGAACAACUCUAUGAAAUGUUUCAGCAGAUUCUGGGUAUUAAAAAACUAGAACACCAGCUUCUUUAUAAUGCAUGUCAGCUGGAUAAUGCAGAUGAACAAGCAGCCCAGAUCAGAAGGGAACUUGAUGGUCGCCUGCAGUUGGCAGAGAAAAUGGCAAAGAUUGUCAUAAUGGAAGUUCAAGGUUUGAAGUCAGUUGCUCCCAAUCGAAUUGUUUACUGUACAAUGGAAGUGGAAGGAGGAGAAAAACUGCAAACAGACCAGGCUGAAGCCUCAAGGCCACAAUGGGGAACACAAGGAGAUUUCACCACCACCCAUCCUCGGCCUGUGGUAAAAGUAAAACUCUUCACAGAAAGCACUGGGGUCCUGGCCCUUGAAGAUAAAGAGCUGGGAAGGGUGAUAUUAUACCCAACUUCUAAUAGCUCCAAGUCAGCUGAAUUACACCAAAUGAUAGUUCCAAAAAAUAGCCAGGACUCUGACUUAAAAAUCAAACUGGCAGUGCGAAUGGAUAAACCACCACAUAUGAAGCACAGUGGGUAUCUGUAUGCCCUUGGACAGAAGGUUUGGAAAAGAUGGAAAAAACGUUACUUUGUUCUUGUUCAGGUUAGCCAGUACACCUUUGCUAUGUGCAGUUACAGAGAAAAAAAGUCUGAACCACAAGAAUUAAUGCAGCUUGAAGGAUACACUGUGGACUAUACAGAUCCCCACCCAGGCCUUCGGGGUGGUCACAUGUUCUUCAAUGCUGUUAAAGAAGGAGAUACUGUAAUAUUUGCCAGUGAUGAUGAACAGGACAGAAUAUUGUGGGUUCAAGCCAUGUAUAGAGCCACAGGUCAAUCAUAUAAACCAAUUCCUGCAAUUCAGACUCAGAAGCUGAAUCCUAAAGGAGGAACUCUCCAGGCAGAUGCUCAGCUUUAUACAGAUCGUUUUCAGAAACAUGGUAUGGAUGAGUUUAUUUCUGCUGAUCCCUGCAAGCUUGACCACGCCUUCCUUUUUAGAAUACUCCAGAGGCAGACUUUGGAUCACAGACUGAACGAUUCCUAUUCUUGCUUAGGUUGGUUUAGCCCUGGCCAAGUCUUUGUGUUAGACGAGUACUGUGCCCGUUACGGUGUGAGAGGCUGUCACAGGCAUCUCUGCUACCUUACAGAACUGAUGGAACAGUCAGAAAAUGGUGCUGUCAUUGACCCUACCCUGCUCCAUUACAGCUUUGCAUUCUGUGCCUCUCAUGUGCACGGCAACAGGCCUGAUGGAAUCGGAACUGUUUCAGUGGAAGAAAAAGAGAGAUUUGAGGAGAUAAAAGAGAGACUCUCUUCCCUUUUAGAAAAUCAGAUAAGCCAUUUCAGAUAUUGUUUUCCCUUUGGACGACCUGAAGGUGCUCUAAAAGCUACACUUUCAUUACUCGAAAGGGUUUUAAUGAAAGAUAUUGCCACUCCCAUACCAGCAGAAGAGGUGAAGAAAGUGGUCAGAAAAUGUCUUGAGAAAGCUGCCUUGAUCAAUUACACUAGACUCACAGAAUAUGCCAAAAUAGAAGAGACCAUGAACCAAGCAACUCCUGCUAGAAAGCUGGAAGAGGUUCUUCAUCUAGCAGAGCUCUGCAUAGAAGUCUUACAGCAGAAUGAAGAGCAUCACUCAGAGGCAUUUGCCUGGUGGCCUGAUUUACUGGCUGAACAUGCAGAGAAAUUUUGGUCUUUAUUCACAGUGGAUAUGGAUACUGCACUGGAGGCUCAACCACAAGACUCUUGGGAUAGUUUUCCUCUUUUCCAACUGCUUAAUAAUUUCCUCAGAAAUGACACACUUUUGUGUAAUGGAAAAUUUCACAAACACUUGCAAGAAAUCUUUGUGCCCUUGGUUGUCCGCUACGUCGAUCUCAUGGAGUCUUCCAUCGCCCAGUCAAUUCACAGAGGUUUUGAGCAAGAGACAUGGCAACCUGUCAACAAUGGCUCAGCAACAUCAGAAGACCUUUUUUGGAAACUUGAUGCACUGCAAAUGUUUGUCUUUGAUCUACACUGGCCAGAACAAGAAUUUGCCCACCACUUAGAGCAAAGACUUAAACUAAUGGCCAGUGAUAUGAUAGAGGCCUGUGUCAAAAGAACAAGAACUGCAUUUGAACUCAAGCUGCAAAAGGCAAGCAAAACAACUGACUUGCGCAUUCCGGCUUCCGUGUGCACAAUGUUUAAUGUAUUAGUCGAUGCCAAAAAGCAAAGCACUAAACUCUGCGCCCUGGAUGGAGGACAAGAGUUUGGUAGUCAGUGGCAACAGUACCAUUCAAAAAUAGAUGAUCUGAUCGACAACACUGUAAAAGAAAUCAUUUCACUACUAGUUUCAAAGUUUGUUUCAGUGUUGGAAGGCGUCUUGUCUAAGCUGUCCAGGUAUGAUGAAGGCACUUUCUUUUCAUCCAUUCUGUCAUUCACUGUGAAAGCAGCUGCAAAAUAUGUUGAUGUUCCAAAACCAGGAAUGGAUCUGGCAGACACUUAUAUUAUGUUUGUUCGACAAAACCAGGAUAUUCUUCGAGAAAAGGUCAAUGAGGAAAUGUAUAUAGAAAAGUUGUUUGAUCAAUGGUACAGCAAUUCCAUGAAAGUCAUUUGCCUGUGGUUGGCUGAUAGAUUAGACCUCCAGCUUCAUAUUUACCAACUGAAGACGCUCAUCAAGAUUGUGAAGAAAACCUACAGGGACUUCCGAUUGCAGGGUGUGUUGGAAGGAACACUGAACAGUAAGACAUAUGAUACUCUGCACAGACGCUUAACAGUAGAAGAGGCCACAGCCUCUGUUUCAGAAGGAGGAGGACUUCAGGGCAUUACUAUGAAAGAUAGUGAUGAAGAAGAAGAAGGCUGAUAACACACAGCUCUGGAGAAGAGAGGAGUUCCUUGACUGACAUUGUGUUUUUUGUAUUUUGUCCAUGUGAUUGCAUUUGUUGUCUUGACCAAAUAAAAAUGCUUGCAUUUCUUUAAAAA